GCCGCCCGGUCAAAAGAGCGGUGCAGCAAUCACCUCUAAAUUCAUCAUUUUCUACAAGAGAUACAUUGCUUUUAUCCAAUCUGGUGCCAUAAAUUUUAAGCUUUAAUAAUAAACGACAUACGAGGAGACUUUUAGCGUGAUUUGCUAGGUAGUUUUGGAGAAAUUGAGAUAUUGCGUGGUGAUUUUUGAAAUUUCAUUUUCAUAUUCAUUUGCCUGUACAUUUGUACACUGUACAUUGUGUACAGAAUUCGAAACCAAAAAUGCCUAAGGUUGAAUACAAGCCUGGGGACAAGGUCUUUGCCAAGAUGAAGGGCUACCCUCAUUGGCCAGCAAGGAUCGACGAUGUGCCAGAAGGAGGGGUCAAACCACCAAAGGGAAAAUUUGCCAUCUUUUUCUAUGGGACUCAUGAAACGGCUUUUAUGGCAACAAAGGAUCUGUUCCCCUAUGAGAAAAAUCGCGAGAAAUACGCCAAGGAGAAUAAACGCGCUGGAUUCAAUGAUGGUUUGUGGGAAAUCGAAAAUACACCCGAGAUAAGAUACCACGGGAAUGUAAGUAUACUGCAGUGUCAUCGCGAGUCUUCAGCAGCGUCUGACGAACCUGAGUCAACGGAGGCAGAGGAAGACGGAGAAGAGGCUGAGGUGGAAGAGGAUGCUGGGAAUGACGUCAGUGACGAGGAGGGUAGCCUGGUGAUUGACGAAGGGGAGGUCACGAAAAAGAAGGCAGCCCCCAAAAGGAGGCGCUCCAGUCCCUCGUCAAAACCAGCGAAGAAAGCCAAACUCGCCGAUAGCGAGCAGGAAGAUGACGACUUUGAGGAGAGUGAACCGCCCUCGGAUGAUAACUCAGAUGAUGAGGAUUUUGAGGCCGAGGAAAAGAAAUCGACAAAGAAAGGUGGUCGAGGUCGAAAGAAAGCGGCAGCAUCUAGUGAGGAGGAGGCAGAAGCCUCGGAUGUGAGUGAAGAUGAAGAUCAGUCUGGCUCAGAAUAUGAAGAGGAAGCACCAAAACCAAAAAAGGGUCGAGCCAAGAAGAAGGCGCCGCCUCCUGACGAUAGCGAUUCCGACGCAAAACCUAAAAAGGCGCCACGGAAGCGUGCGCCGAAGAAGACGUCGCCGAAGGAGAAGGCGAAGAAGAAGCCAGCUGCGCCCAGGAAGAAGAAGACCGUGUCUGUUUCCAGUGAUAGUGUCAGCAGUAUUAGUGACAGCAGUGAUGAAGAUGGUCCUCCCAAGAAGAAGCAGGACUGGAAGGCAAGGGACGCCCAGAGGAGGGCAGAGAUUGAGCAGAAGCUGCGUGAGGCCGAAGAAAGGAAACGGAAGGAGGAGGAAGAAAGGAUUCGGUUGGCGAGAGAAGAGUUGAAAAAGGAGCGUGCUGAGUUGGACAGUGAGAGUGAGGAAGAAAAAGUGAAGACGCCUGGGAAAAAAAAGGCUAGAAAACCGAAGGAGCCUAAAGUCCCUAAGAAGAAACCAAAAGCAAAAGAAAAGAAAAAGGAGGCCUCAGAAGAUGAAGCCGAAGAAAAAAUGUCCGAAGGUGAUGAGGAGAAGCCAGCAGAGGAUAAAUCUGCUGAUGAUAGAUUUGAGGCGGAGGAUACAAAAACUAAGAAGAAAAAAAUUCUGAGUUCCGAUGAGGAGAGUGAUGAGGCGGGGGUGCGGCGUACGAAACGCACGCCGAAGAAGAAGAAGAAGUUUAGCAGCGAUAGUGAAGAGGAAAAGAAAAAGGAAAAAUCGAAGAAAAGCGAGGAGAAAACAGCGAAAAAACAACCAGAGCCUAAAAAGGAGAAGAGAAAGUCAGAAGAUCAGAGUGCCAAACAAGCCGAGGCCAAGCGCCGGGCCGAGCAGCGUAAAAAACAGGACGAGGAGCGAAAACGUAUCGACGAGGAAAACCGACGGAAGAAAGCGGAACGAUUGAAAGAAAUGGAACGAGAGAAGGAGAGACGCAAGCAACAGAAACUGGAACAAAAGAAGAAGGACAAAAUUCACAAUAUCCACGCUGAAGCAAUAGAGCAGAUGGACUUGGAAAUCAAGAAAUCUCUCAGCUGUGAAAAUCCAGAUAUCGACAAGUGUAUUACAAUCAUGUGUGAUCUCGAAAAUCUACACCUUUCCCCGCUGCAUGUGAAGAAAAACCCUAGUAUCCUGAACACAAUCAAAAAGUGCCGGAAAUAUAAAAAGAAUGAGCGUGUUCGUCAGAAGGCAGAAUAUAUCUACAAUAAGUUCAAGGCGAUGUUCUUGGCGCUUGGAAAUGACGAGCAGUUUCAUCAGGUACGACUUGCAGUGGAUGAAACGCAUCAAAAAGAGAUUAAUGAGGCUGCGGAGAAAGACCAGGAGAUGGAAAAAACGGAGAUUGCCGAAACGGACGCGUCCAAGGAAGACAAGGAGAACCAACUUUCGGAAGGAAAUACUCCAGAACGGAUUGAAGUGAUCGAAAAACCUCCCGUCUCCUUGGAAACGGUGGAGGAGAAAACUGAAAAUGUUGAUGAAACGAACGUUGAUAGUGUGACGGAAACAGAAAACGUCGAAUCGGCGGAAAUUGAAAAUUCGGAGAUUUCUCAAACGGAUGAAAAAGUGCUUGAAGUUCAACCGGAGGAAAAGGAGGCUGAUCCUGAACCGGUUGCUAUGGAAACUGAACCGGUUCCUAUGGAAACUGAAACUGAUACUGAAACUGCACCGGUUGGACCGGUUGAACCGGAGCAAGCGCCUGUGGUGAGUGAACCGGAACCGGUUGCGUUACCGGAUAGUGCGGAGUCGCCACCGGUUGAGGACAGUACGGAAACCAAACCAGUUGAGGUAGCAGAUGAUUUGGAAAAACCUAAAGUUCCGGAAACCAGUCUCAUUCCGGAUGCGCCGGAAUCACCCGGUUUAGAACCGAUUGAUAGUCCGGAUGAUAUGGGUAACGAUGAUAUGGACAUGGAAAUUGAUUUAGCGCCGCCUGGUGGCAAUGAAAGUGACGAUAGCGUGGCGACGCCAUUGCAGGAUGAACCGGUGUAUGAGGAACCGAAAUCUGACGUGGUUCCAGGUGAGGGUGCAGAUGGCGCCGGUGCUGUGACUGCGACAGACUUUAGUAGUAUAUUUCCGAGUGCUACGAAUAACGUCUCCGAAAAAGUCGAGGAGGAAAAAACGGAAGAGGAGGAAGGUGAUGAAGAACCAGAUGAGACUGGACACCUCGACCUCGAGGCACGGAUCGCACAGAUCAUCAAAAAUACAGAGGAGACCACGAAUUUUCGAGAAACGGAAAAGGAGAAGACACCACCACCGCCAGCGCCACCGAAGAAGGUCGAGGAACCAUCGGAGAUGGAGGAAGACCCACUCAUUGAUGAUGAUGAGUUACAUAACUUACUCGGGAUCUGAAGCGAUUGCAUUUUAUACUGUGUUGAAAUCAGAACUUUACAGCAUAGUGAAAUCCUGACUUAGUCUAUGCUUUCUGUGGCUCUCAAAGUUACUUUGUGUAAAAUAUUUGAAGGGGGACUGCAUUUUAUUCUUAUUGAUAUAUUGCGCUGAACACACUUGUGGAUGGGUAUCCAUUCUCCAAGCAGAUCUUAGAAUGCUGUGUCUGCCGACCUAGGUUUCCAUGACACAAUGUCGUCACAGGCGCAUGAAAAUACCAAAAUUGACCAAUCAGUAGACAGGUAUCCAUUCUCCAAGCAGAUCAAAGAAUGCUCUCUGCCAACCUAGGUUUGCAUGAGACCAUCUGAACACGGGCGUGUGAAAAUACCGAAAGCAACCAAUCAGAAAGCAAGAGCUGAACCAAAAAAAACCUACAAAAAACACACUCAAACAGGACAUGAAAGAGUGAUGUGUCUAUUGUUAUUGCUAUGAAUCUGGUAUUUUCAUGUGCCUGUGAUUACUUCAAGACUUCAGCAAUGUGACCAGUCUAGGCUGUCACAGUUUUUUCUGGCUUUUCUACUUGACCACGGACAUGGAAAUUCAUGUUUCCAAUCGAGAGGAGGGCAUUAGGUAGCUACAUGUAUGUAAGUGCAAAUAAUUUUUUACCAAAAGUUGAACUUCCUAACUUCGUCGUGCGCACUGCCAGUUUAGUAUGCUUUUAGUUAGUUUCAAUGAUGAAAAAUUACUCGUAAUUGUUAUUGCAAUUUUCGUGUUGUAAAGAUGAUGAGUACGAUGCUUAAAUUGUCAAAAAGCUUUUGAGUGAGAGCAGAAGUUUGCUUCCAUUUCUAAAAGUAUUAUAAGGAAUUGAGUCAGAUAGAGCAAUAUUACAUUGACUAAUGUCACAACUACUGCCGUACUGGGGGACAUAUUAAAGGGAGAACUUUGGCGUGAGAUAUUUUGGUUUUUCAUACAAAAAUGGCUUCCAGCAGGGCCGAGUCUUCUCUAAACAGGAUAAUUGGAAAAAACAUUGAACUGCAGUGAAACAAUGCACUAGAGUGGGGUGUUACCAUAGGCCUACCUGAAGUUCACAAGUCCUGUCAAAGUAUCUCGUAACAUUGGUGAAGAUCUAAAGAGAUCAGCAUUAGUGUGAUUCUACAAGUGGUAGGAAGCAGUCGUCAGGUAAAUAUCGCGCUGAAGUUGCCCUUUUUCAGUUUUCAGAGUCCAAUUUUUACGUGGGAACUGUUAAAAUCGAUAUUGAAUCAAUUGUUAUUUCUGUGUGUUGAAGAUGUUAACACACCUUGAAUCACGCCGCAAACAGGCGAUUUAAAUCACUGCCACUUGCAAUGUAAAUUGCAUGUGAUGAUAAUCGCAUGUUUGCGUUAGUCAUCUCUGGUCAUUGUGACUUGCGAGUCGAAAUCAAACCCAGGGAAUACUGGUUUUACCUGCAGACAAGUGCCUUUUGUUGCACAUCGCAAUGAUUUAAGUCACCCGUUGCACUCUAGUUUUACAGAUUUAUAUCCAGUAGUAGAGAAUGUCAAGUGUCAGAUAACCACCUUGCAGCCAGAGAUAAGUUAAAACUGAUGUAUAUAUUUCUUUUCAACGAUAGUGUGGAAAGGUGAAUUGCCUGGAAUAA